CUUCGAAAUAUGGACUACAAGCCGAUAAAACUACUUUGUGUGCGUCGAGGUAUUUUCCUUCCGCUGCCAAGGUACAGUCCACCAAAACGCCUUUUUCUAAUAAGGUAUCGAAAACGGACACCAACGUUGAUUGAUGGUUGUUCCAUCUUAAGCAAAACUGUUGAUCGUCAUCCCUAAAUAAAUAUUAAGAUAUAUUCCUUUUAUUUUUUUCGCUAACACCCAAAAGUGCGUCGUAUUUUGUAAUCUAACCACGCGAACAUUUAAUUAACAAAAAUAAAAACAACAAACAAAUAAAUAAAAGCACAGCCAACCGGGAUGAGUUUCGAUCGCGUUUAGAAAACAAAAGAGCGUCGUAGCGAUGACGCGUAUACACAAAAUGGCGGCUCAAAGUGAACUCAAAACGGCGAAAUCGAAGAGGCCUCGCUUUCCGGGGCCUCACUUUUGCGCGUUUCCCACUCUAAAACGGAUUUUCAUUGGACAGCGCCGAAAGCACGCAAGCGUCGUAAGCUCCGUGCUUCCACGUCAGCGGGAGUAGGGAAAGCGAAGCGUUGGCUGUGGCUUGGACGAAGCAAAUAUGGCGACUUUUCCGCGUCGUUAAUCUCGGAAUUAUCCCGAAUUUCAUAAUCGCGAAUUACUACAUACCGCAAUUCGAUCGAAAUUUAACGUUAAAAAGAAUACAACAACAAUCAAACUGGUAUUAUUUACUCGAAAGCUUUAGAGAAAAACCUAUGCGAAUCGAAAAGGAGAAAGAGAAAGCUCGGGUGUUGUCUACCGGUAAUCGACAACCAACAAACAGCCGAAAUCCCCAAUAAAAUCAACCAAACAAAUACAAAAAAACAUCGUCUAGUUACCUAUUUUGGCACACUAAAACUAAAUAUCACAAAAUAUUUCACUUAUAGUUAAAGUUACGAGGAGAUGACGGACAUUGAUGUUCUUCGUUCGUGCGUCGGCUUUCAACUGAAAGCGUUCGCCCCGUCGAAAUCGAUUUGGAACAUUCGAGAGCGUCCGGGGCAUAAAAACGCAGCGCCGGUGACGUCACGUGGCUGCGCCGCGAGCCGUGGCGCAGCGUCGCCGGCCGCCGGGCCAAUCGGGAGCGAAGCUUUCGAUCCUCGAUAGAUGGUGGGAACAAGCUUCGCCGGUGCGUUGCGUUAAUUAUGCCCCGGACGCUCCGAAAUGUGCCCGGGCGAAGUGUAGGCAGAGAGAGAGAGGAGACGGUGGAAAACUUGAAACGGAUAGAGCGUGGAGAUGGAGAUGAGGAGAGAAGCACGAAUUUGAUCCACAACAAAAUAGUGAGCGCCAGCCUGUUCUCUCUUCUAAUCGCACAGUCCGUUUUCCACUGUGCCCAUACGAUUUUAUUCUUUGCGUGUACGCGAUUUCGAUCGUGCCCGUUUUUGCAUGUUCACCUGUGACAGCUCGAGCAGGCAACAUGGACGAUCAGCAUUAUUGUUUGCGUUGGAACAAUUACCAAAGCAAUAUGACGUCCGUGUUUCAUCAACUUUUGCAGAACGAAGAUUUCGUCGACGUCACGUUGGCUUGUAAUGAUCUUUCGUUGAAAGCUCACAAGGUAGUCUUGUCGGCGUGCUCGGCCUAUUUCCAAAAGCUGCUGUUAGAAAACCCCUGCAAACACCCCACCAUCAUUAUGCCCCAGGACGUCGGCUACGAGGACCUCAAAUUCAUCAUAGAGUUCGUUUACAAAGGGGAAAUCGACGUGUCCCAGACCGAACUUCAGUCCAUAUUACGUACGGCGGACCAAUUAAAGAUCAAAGGAUUGUGCGAGUCGCCCGACGACAGGGAGAAUAGGGACAAUCCGGCGGAAUUCGCUGUGCAGCUCGAUUUCAACAAAUCGCCGCCGCCGCUGCCGCCGCCCAAACACAAGAAUCAAGAUACGGGUCCGCCGAAAUCGAAGCACCAGAAAACCAGCCACCAUCCGCCGAACGAGCCUCGAGCCUCGAAUGAAAUUGCCAAAGGCGAAGAGCGACCGGCGGGCGACAGGAGCGAAAAGGACCGCACGAAUGAAGAAACAGAAGAAAAUGACAUGCCAGUAGCUUCGGAGGACCAGGAGCCGAUCAAGAAGAGGCCGCCCCAACACCCGGAGCAAACCAAACCGCUAAACAUGAGCAGCCAUGGCCUUAUAUCGGGACAGACGAUAUUCUCCCAUUUCGGCGUCGACACCGACGACUUCCCGCCCGAGCCGCCGGCCCCGUCGGCCAUACCCGUCGGCCACGUGGACAUGUCGUCGUCGGCGGCCGAUCACUCGCCCACGAGGACGAUCCUCACGGGGCCGGUGCACCGCACCGACAUCUCCGACUCGACCAAGUUCACCAUCGACAUCAAGAAGGAGGCCGACAUCAAGUUCGAGACGUUGCGCUCCUACGACCAGGACAGUCUGCUCGACAUGGAGAGCCACCUAUCGGGGCCCGACCAUUCGAUGGACAGCCAGGAGGACGGCGAGAAGGGCUUCAGACAGCUGAUGGGGCACGGCGAUUUCAGCGGCAUGCCCGGCGUUUCUAGAUUAGAUGUAAAUAGCGAUAACCACGUACCUGGAUUAAAAAAUAACGGCCAUACCGAAAAUUUAACGCCGCUGCGAGGCCAUGGCGGCGGCGGACCAAAAACAUGGACUCAGGAAGACAUGGAUAUGGCGUUAGAUGCCUUAAGAAACCACAAUAUGAGCCUAACUAAGGCAUCAGCUACUUAUGGUAUUCCCUCCACUACAUUAUGGCAAAGAGCCCAUAGACUAGGAAUAGAUACACCGAAGAAAGAAGGGCCUACCAAAUCGUGGACCGAAGAGAAUUUAAACAACGCUCUCGAGGCUCUACGAACGGGCACGAUAUCCGCCAACAAAGCCAGCAAAGCUUUCGGCAUACCGAGCAGCACUCUGUACAAAAUAGCGAGAAGAGAAGGAAUAAGACUGGCGGCUCCGUUCAACGCGGCGCCCACCACGUGGACGCCCGAGGACCUCGAAAAGGCCUUGGAAUCGAUCCGGACGGGCCAGACGUCCGUGCAGAAGGCCUCCACCGAAUUCGGCAUACCCACCGGCACGUUGUACGGGCGCUGCAAGCGCGAAGGCAUCGAACUGUCCCGGUCGAAUCCCACCCCUUGGUCCGAGGACGCCAUGGGCGAGGCCCUCGAAGCCGUUAGGUUAGGACACAUGUCGAUAAAUCAAGCGGCUAUACACUACAAUUUGCCUUACUCGUCGUUGUACGGGCGCUUCAAGCGAGGAAUCAAAUUCGAUCCGGAUCAAGUGGACUUGAACCAGGACAGCCAAUUGCAGAUGGAGCACACGUUCGGCAUGGAAUACACGACCUCUCCGUCUCAGUUACAAUACCAGAAUCAAAACAGCUGAGAUACGGCCUUCAACUUUGAUUGCUUUUGAGAAAUAGAUAGACAGUGAAUUGUUUGAUUUACGUGUUUCGAUUUCGUUGGUAGGUGUUUGUUUUCGGUAUAGGAAUAGCUGGAUAUAUUUGCGAAUCAAAAUAAUAAAGCCGAAGGUGAAUCGAGAAACCAUAUUGAUAUGUACUUGCCGUGCAGUGCCAAAUAAUUAAUAAUUUUUGAAUUCAAAUCGAUGAAACAAACGUUGUCUAUUUCUAUGCAGAUGGUACUAACAAAAAGCGUCAAAGUGUGAAGGUGGUUUUUUCUACAAAAUGAUAGUUUUAAAACUGACAAAUUUACCGUAACUAGGCUGUUGUGCUAAAAUAAAUUAAUAUUAUAAAGUUUUACCAUUAUUUUUAAACGAAGUUAGAACAAAUUUCUGCCUUGACUUACAGUUUAUUACAAAAAAAGUGCAAUAUUAUACUCUAUUUAAUAUUGAAUUUAGACGGUAGUUGUACAGGUUAGUUGCAUAUUUGUAGUUAAUUUAUUAAGUGAUUUAUGGGCCAAUCAAAAAUUAGUUUAGGGGAUUCCGGAAAACAUUGCACUUUUUUUGCUAAAGCAAACGACACUAAUUUUUGAUUGACACAAUUCUCUCCCGUUGCAAAUAUACAUAUUAUAUGUAUAAAUAGCGUAUUAAUCGGUUGUACAUACUAUUUCAUUUUAUGUUAUUUUGUAUUGAAAAUAUUUGUUGCUCAUUUAUAAUUUCGUUAAUUGUAAAAAAAACAUGUACUGAAAACGGUGUUUUUUAUUGCUUAUUGUUUUAAAAACAAAAAAAAUGUAUCGUUUCAUUCAAUAAUUUUUUAUUAUUUACCCCUUGAAUUAUUUCCUAAUUACCAAAUUGUUUAUUACUUAAAUUAAACCAAAUUUGAAAUGUUUGUUUCCGGAUUUACACAAUAAAUAACUUACGUACAUAUACCAAUUAUCCUGACUAUAGCUAUCCAUAAGCUCUUGAAAUCUAUUGCUAAAUUCUGGAAGAAUUUCUUUUAAUUCGUUUUCUAAAUCUCCCGCAC